UAGAAUAAAAGUCGAUUCGUGGAAACUCAUGUGGUUUGUUCGCAAACAACAUUCAAGAGUUUUUAUUCCGUUAUUCUUUCAAAAAUACUUAUAAUAGUUAAGCAGACAUGGAAGAAGAAGAUUUAGCCUCCACGAACGGCAAUUUCGACACUUUGCGCCAGAAAUUCGAAGAAAUGUCCAAACAGCAAUGUAAGAGGAAUUCCAGGAUGCAAAAGUCCUGGCAUUCGACUACGUUAGAAUUGUCACAUUGCAAUUCAGAAGUGUUUACUGAUGUUAUUGUGACGCGACAAUUUUCGAAUUUCUCCAAAUCAAAGCUCAGACCGGUCAGUUACAGUGAUUUAACGAACGAAAAGAGCUUUAAUAUAAUUAAAAGCGAAUCGACGAGAGGUUCAUUUAAGCGCAGAGUUCCUAAAAGACUUGCCGUAGGUGAUUCCAAAGAAGACCCGGCUUAUUACAGUUCGUACGUCGACUUGCGUGCCGACAAGAAUACCAAUAAUACUUUAAAACUGAAUAUCAACAAUCUUAUAAGCGAAAACUCGACCGUUGGAGACGAUCUUCAAAACGUCGCUAACAAGAAAAUCGUACAGAAUAUCGUCAAUAAGCUGAAUUCUUUAAAUAGAGAAGCUUCUCAGAUGAGAGUUCGGAAAUUGACGAGUGCUUUCGAGAAUAUGUCGUCGAAAUAAGGGCGCCACUGUUCUCCUUCAUGAAACUUAAAUAUUAGUGGUUUUCAAAUUAGAGAACCUACCUAAUUUAUUGAUUCAAUUUUUUGUAUUGGAGCUUCUUGCGCUGUUAACAAUAAUCUAUAACACUCGAGAUUUGAGUUAAAUUUUGUUUUCGCAAAUAACACUACAAAGUUAGACCUUCACAUUCCUUCGGCUUCAUACUUUACUAUCUACAAAUUUCAGUAAUUGGUUAACAAAGAUUCGUUCGCAUGAUGAAAAAUAUUCGAAUCAAAACUGUACUUUUGUAAAAUAAAUAUACUUAAAAAAUACAAUUUUUACACCUAAUUCAAGUUUGUGAAAAAAUAGAGUUCUUGCAUGUUUGUUGUAUAUGUUAAUGCCAAUAGUUUAUUAGAGAGUGUUAGGUACUUCAAGAAAUAAGUUUAACUAAAAACUAUACCUUGCGUUGAAAAAUACUAAUAUUAUUUGGAUAUUUAUCAUAAUGUAGGUAAUUACAAAAUUAGCAGCAGAAAAAAAAUCUUAAUAAAAAUUUCGACGACGGCUGAUUUUUAUUGUCGAUGACAAUAUUAAAUCAACAGGAAUUUUCAGUAUAGCCAAUAAUGAAAUGAAAUAAGAAAAACUGUACGCAAG